UUCAAUACUCGUACUAAAUAAUAAAUACAUUUUUAUUUAGCUAUAAAAGUUUUACAGCAGUAGUUUCAUUUCUUUAACUGAAUAUUUAUCACAUUACAAAUACCUAAAUAGGCAUAAAAGAUUCUCCUGUAAUUUUUUCAAAGUUUAGUGUGAAUUGUUAUUAAAUUAAAUGGCUGAUGAAAAACCAAGUGAUGAUGUACCCCAGACAGAAUUAUCUAGUGGGGUAGAAAACCUUAAAAUUGAAAACGGACAAAAAGAAAAUGGUGAUACGAAUAAAACAGAUAAAGUGAAAGUUGAUAUCUUACUGAAGGCGACAGGAGAUGCCCCUAUCAUGAAGAAAAAGAAAUGGGCUGUAGAUGCUGAAAAACCUAUAGGAUGGAUCAUAGAAUUUGUGAAGAAAUAUCUUAAACUGGAGCCAGAUGAGAAACUGUUCUUGUAUGUGAAUCAAACAUUUGCACCAUCACCGGACCAGAUAAUCAAGAAUCUUUAUGAAUGUUUUGGGACGGAUGGUAAAUUGGUGCUCCAUUACUGCAAGAGUCAAGCUUGGGGCUGACGAUAGAAAAAAAGUUGUGGCUGGUUCCCUCGUCAUAACAUCAGUUCUUGUGUUCUUAUGCAUUUUCUGAUAUGAAACAACCAAAAAUUAAUAUGUUU